AUGCCUUCCCUUCCCAAGUCUGAUGAACUAAUAUUUUUUGUGAAUGGAAGAAAGGUAAUAGACAACAAUGCUGAUCCGGAAGUCAAUCUCCUGUUCUACCUGAGGAAAGUCUUCUACCUCACCAGCACUAAAUAUGGCUGUGGAGGAGGAGGCUGUGGUGCCUGCACAGUGAUGGUGUCAAGAUACUACCCCAAGACUACAAAGAUCCAUCACUACCCGGCCACAGUGUGCCUGGUGCCCAUCUGCUCUCUGCAUGGGGCUGCCAUUACCACGGUGGAAAGUGUAGGAAGCAUCAAAACCAGCAUUCACCCCAUGCAGGAAAGACUUGCCAAGUGUCAUGGCACACAGUGUGGAUUCUGCAGCCCAGGAAUGGUGAUGUCCAUCUACACUUUCCUGAGGAACCACCCAGAGCCAACCCCCGAGCAGAUAACCGAAGCCAUUGGAGGUAAUUUGUGCCGGUGUACUGGAUAUCAACCAAUUGUAGAAAGUGGGAAAACUUUCUGUGGGUAAGCACCAACUGUUUGUGAGGUGAAAGGAUCAGGAAAAUGUUGCAUGGAUCAAGAAGAGAGGACUGUUGUGAAUAAUCAGGAAAAGAUAUGUGCCAAGCUAUAUAACGAAGAUGAAUUCCAGCCCUUGGAUCCAACCCAGGAGCCUAUAUUCCCACCCGAGCUGAUAAGAAUGGCAGAAGCUCCAAACAAGAGAAGGCUGACGUUCCAAGGGGAGAGGACUACCUGGAUCACAGCCGUGACCCUGGACAAUGCUCUGGAGCUGAAAGCCAGUUUCCCCAAAGCCCCACUCAUCAUGGGGAACACGGCAGAGGGUCCUAGCAUGAAAUUCGGUGAUGCAUUCCAUCCAGUUUUCAUAUCUCCUCUUGGGCUUCCAGAACUACAUUUUGUGGACACCACAGAUGUUGAAGGAGAACGGCAGAUUCCCUUAAACGGCCCUUUCCUUGAGAGAUUGCCUGAAGCCAACCUUAAAGCAGAAGAGAUUGUAUUGUCUGUUUCUAUCCCCUACUCUUCUCGGUGGCAUUUUGUGUCAGGGCUCUGGCAGGCCCAACGACAGGAGAAUGCCUUUGCCAUUGUUAAUGCCGGGAUGAGCGUGAAGUUUGAAGACGGCAUAAACAUUAUCGAGGAACUUAAGAUGUUCUACGGAAGUGUGGGCGCCACCAUCAGCUCUGCAAGCCAAACCUGUGAGCAGCUUAUCGGGAGACCUUGGGACGACCAAAUGCUGAGUGACGCCUGCCAACUGGUCCUGGAUGAGAUCUGCAUUCCACCGGGAGCCAAGGGUGGCAUGGUGGAAUACAGGCGAACCCUCAUCAUCAGUUUACUCUUCAAAUUCUGCCUCAAAGUGCGGCGAGGACCGAAUAAGAUGGAUCCUGAGAAGUUUCCUGAUAUCCCAGAAAAGUUCAUGAGUGCUCUAGAGGAUUUCCCCAUAGAGACUCCCUGAGGAAUCUAGAUGUUCCAGUGUGUGGACCCCGCCCAACCUCCACAAGAUCCGGUUGGCCGCCCAGUCAUGCACCAGUCAGUCCUUAAACACGCCACAGGAGAAGCUGUGUUUUAUGAUGACAUGCCCCCAUUCUCCCAGGAACUCUUCUUGGCUGUAGUCACCAGCACCAGAGCUCAUGCAAAAAUUAUAUCAAUUGAUAGUUCCAAAGCCCUGACACUUCCAGGUGUUGAUGUGAUAACAGCAGCAGAUGUUCCAGGAGAUAAUAACCAUGUUGGAGAAAUUCUUUAUGCACAGAAUGAGGUAAUUUGCGUGGGUCCGAUCGUCUGCAGCGUGGUUGCUGAUACCUACACACAUGCGAAAGAGGGAGCUAAAAAAGCGAAGAUUGCUUAUGAAGACAUAGAACCGGGGAUUAUAACAACAGACCAAGCUCUAGAGCACAAUUCAUUUUUAUCUGCUGAGAGAAAAGUCGAGCAACGAAAUGUAGACCAAGCCUUUAAAUAUGUUGAUCAAAUCACUGAAGGUGAGGUUCAUGUGGAAGGACAGGAACACUUUUACGUGGAAACACAAACUGUCCUGGCUGUCCCAACAGUAGAAGAUGAAGAAUUGGUGUUAUAUCUCAGAACACAGUUUCCAACCCAUGUGUAGGAAUUUGUGGCUGCAGCACUAAAUAUUCCAAGGAAUAGAAUCACCUGCCACAUGAGACGCACUGGAGGAGCGUUUGGGGGGAAAGUGACCAAGCCUGCUCUGCUCGGCGCUGUCAGUGCCGUGGCAGCCUACAAGACUGGCCGCCCAAUUCGGUUUAUUCUAGAGCGUGGUGAUGACAUACUGAUAACUGCUGGCCGCCACCCACUUCUUGGAAAAUACAAAAUUGGAUUCAUGGACAAUGGUGUGAUCAAAGCUGCUGAUGUUGAAUAUUACAUCAAUGGUGGAUGUACUCCUGAUGAGUCUGAGAUGGUGAUGGAGUUCAUUUUGCUGAAAUCUGAAAAUGCGUACUAUAUUCCUAAUUUCCGGUGCCGGGGUAGGCCUUGUAAAACAAAUUUGCCAUCCAACACUGCCUUUCGAGGAUUUGGCUUCCCCCAAGCUAUGGUGGUAGCUGAAGCUUACAUAACUGCUGUGGCAUCUGAAUGUAACUUAACCCCUGAGGAGGUUAGAGAAAUAAACAUGUAUAAGAGGAUUAACAAAACAGCCUAUAAGGAGAUGUUUAAUCCAGAGAACUUGCAAAGAUGCUGGAAAGAAUGCCUGGAGAAAUCUUCAUUCUGUGCUAGGAAACUGGCUACAGAAGAAGUUAACAAAAAGAAUUACUGGAAGAAGAGAGGGCUUGCUGUAGUCCCCAUGAAAUAUACCGUUGGGUUCCCCGUAGCCUACUACAGUCAGGCUGCUGCUCUAGUCCACAUCUACAUAGAUGGCACUGUCUUGGUGUUUCAUGGUGGCUGUGAACUGGGACAAGGCAUUAACACCAAAAUGAUUCAGGUAGCUAGCCGGGAACUGAACAUCCCCCAGUCAUACAUACACCUCUCAGAAACCAGCACAGUUACAGUCCCCAAUUCCAGCAUGACAGCGGGGUCAAUAGGGACAGACGUCAACAGGAAGGCCGUGCACAAUGCCUGCCAAAUUCUUAUGACCCAUCUGCAGCCCAUCAUCAGGAAAAACCUUAAAGGAAAAUGGGAGGACUGGAUUACAGAAGCCUUCCAAGAAUCCAUCAGUCUCUCAGCUACUGGAUAUUUCAAAGGCUACCAGACACAUAUGGACUGGGAGAAGGAAGUAGGUGAGCCUUAUCCGUAUUUUGUUUAUGGAGCAAGCUGCUCUGAGGUUGAAGUUGUGACAGGAGCUCAUAAGCUCCUUAGGACUGACAUCGUCACGGACGCAGCCUUCAGCAUAAACCCAGCCAUUGACAUUGCACAGAUUGAAGGAGCAUUUAUCCAGGGCAUGGGAUUAUAUACCAUAGAAGAACUGAAAUACUCCCCAGAAGGUGUGCUUUAUUCUCGGGGUCCAGACAAUUACAAAAUCUCCACUGUUACUGAGAUACCAGAAGAGUUCUAUGUCACUUUAGUGCGUUCCAGAAACCCCAUAGCCAUCUACUCAUCCAAGGGUUUGGGUGAGGCUGGAAUGUUCUUGGGAUCCUCUGUAUUGUUUGCCAUAAAUGACGCGGUGACUGCUGCUCGCAGAGAGAGGGGACUGACCAAGACUUUCACCUUGAGUAGCCCAGCAACAGAGUCCAUUAGGAUGGCCUGUGUGGACCGGUUUACUGACAUGAUUCCCAAAGAUGAUCCUUCAACAUUUACACCUUGGUCCAUCCAUGUUUCUUAA